UGUAAUUAAAAAACAGAGGGUAUAUAUAUAUAGAUGCAUGAAAAACACUCGUUCUUCAAGUGCUGAACUUUGAUUUAUAUUUUUUAUUCCUAUCAAUAUUUUUUUUAAAAUGUUGAAAUUGGGUUUUCUUCUUCUUUUUAUGAUUGGAGGUUCUUUUGCCUUUUUGGUAUCAAUAUGCGACUUCAAAAAGUGCCAUAAAUUAGCAACCGAACAUUCUCUGUUUGAUAUAGAAAAUGUAUUGCCUACAGCAGAACGUUUGGUGUCAAUGUGCCCAUCUAUUAAAGAAGUGAUGCAGUGUGAAAUGCAGGAAUGGAAUAAUUGUUUAGGAGAAGAUCUUCACGAUUUUUUGAAUUCAGACAAUGAAACAAUACGAGCAGCGGUGAAUGUCUAUUUGGGAAUUGCAGGGCUCCUUACGGAUAUGUGCGAUAAUACCACGCCUUUCCAUAGAGCUUAUGCUGAAAAUAUAGUCUGUAUAAAGGAGGUGUCUAUGAGCUAUCUGACUCAAGCAUUAUGUUAUACAGAAGCUUCAGCUCUCACUACUGCUUAUAAAAAUGAGCAUACUCUGACAGCUGAACAAAGUGCAUGCAUGUUAACAGCGCACGUAUUUGCUUGCACCACCGGAGAGAUUCUCCAGGAUUGCGGUGAAGAGGCCCGCGCAACAGCUGUUGAGUUCGUAAAGAGAACGAAACUGUUAAAAUACGCAAUCUGCACAUUGGAAGAUGUAGAGGAACUCAAAUCAACUUAUCUAAACUUCUUGGAGCAAGAAACGGAAAAGCGAAACAUUUUCUCACUAGCAUUUGACUUGAGAAAAAAAUAAUUUCUUUACACACUAAAAUGAAGCGUUUUGUUAAAAAAAUAAAAGAGGAUAUUCUUGGUUCAAACUAAGUAUUAAUUCAAUAUUCAUAAUGAGAAAAUUAAAUGCAUGAUUCUUUUAAAAAAAGAAAUAAACUACUUGCAUAGUUGUCAAA